ACAUGACAGCACGAGAUAUGUAUGACCUCAUGAAUUAUUCAUGAGGUUUAGAAGGAGGCUUUGGAUCUGCUUAGGAAGGGUUGCACCAUGUCGGAUCGUGAGAGUGGAGACGAACAGCAACAGUCGCAGGCACAAGAUGAUCAUUCAGAUAGUGGAAGGUCUGUUGAACAGGAGUUGGCCACUAGAACUUUGCACAUUCAGUCCAAGAGAUUUUACCUGGAUGUGAAGCAGAACAGACGUGGCCGCUUCAUCAAAGUGGCAGAGGUAGGUGCCGGAGGGAAGAAAAGUCGCCUCCUUCUCGCUAUGUCCUCCGCAGCAGAGUUCAGAGACUAUUUGACAGAUUUCACAGAACAUUAUGCAUCAUUGGAAGAGGGCGGAGACAAUGAAAGUCCGACAAACACAGAAAAUCCACCAGAAGAUGGAAAGCUAAAAAGUGAAUUAAUAGUAAAAGAUAAUCGUCGUUACUAUCUGGAUCUUAAAGAAAAUCAAAGAGGAAGGUUUCUUAGAGUUUCACAAACCAUACCUCGAGGUGGUCCAAGAUCCCAAAUCGCUAUUCCUGCCCAAGGGAUGAUUGAAUUUAGAGAUGCCCUAACUGAACUAUUGGAUGAAUUUGGCACAGAUGAUCAAGAGCCACAAAGUGAUUUGCCAGAAAGUCGUUCAAUGAGAGUAGAAAACAAAAUGUUUUAUUUUGAUGUUGGUUCAAAUCGCAGAGGGGUGUACAUGCGCAUAUCAGAGGUUAGAAACAAUUUCCGUACAGCCAUUACCAUUCCAGAGCGAUCCUGGGCCAGAUUUCGAGACAUACUCUCAGAAUUUUCCGAAAAGUCGGAUAAACAAGAACGAAGCGGAAGCGAUCGAGGUGAUCGUCCAGAUAGGUCAGAAAGGCCUGAUCGACCAGAGAGGCAGGACAGUCAAUAAGCACAUUGGGCUAUAUGAUUUAAACGACAGAGGGAAUGUGCUUGAUAAAAAAACAUUGUACUGUGAGAUGAUGAACUGUGCUUUAUGACGAAAGUGAACUUUAUUUUAGAAAGAGGAAGAUUAAUGAAGAUUAACUGAAACUGUCAAUGGAUUGCUCCUUUGAUUGGACCAUUGAGAUUGUCAUGAUAAACCAUGUUAUUGUGAAAUUAGCAAGAAAAAGUUUAGUCUGGUACUUAUAGUGCUUCUGGCUAACUUGUACGAACACUCUUAUCUGUGAUGCCCAUUGAGUUUAAGAAAAAGUUUAAUAAAUUAUGGGUUAUAAAUAUUUCAAAGACAUCAAUCUUUAAAUGGCUUGCAUCAUCAUAUUUUUCAUGUUUUAUGUCCAUUUCAUAUUUAUAAAGAUUAUCAUAUCAUCAGUAAUUUAAACAAAAAAAAAAAGAAAAAAAAAGAAAUUUAAGUAAGCACAUUUCCUUUGUCGAAAGACGUCCUGAAAAUUCUGAGUCAUAUUAUUUUCAGAUGACUUGGUGGAAAGUUUUCCGUGAUUGUUUAAAUAUAAGUUCAGUAGUGAUACAUGGUUUUAAAUAGUGUGGUUAUGGAGUCACAAGGUUUUUAGCUCCUCAGAAUCUUUGUUAUGAUGUAUUUGUUGUUGAUGAUGGAGUUGGGAAAUUUGUACAUUUUUGUAAACAAAAUACAAGGCAUCUCCUUUUUGCAAGAUGUACUGAAUCGUUAACAUAUGUAUUGUAGAUUACCUGAUGGCUCUUAUUUAUGAUUAUAUAGCCAUCAGAUUGGUUCUCUCGAAAAGUUAUGAAAGAAAUGAUCCCAGAGCUUCAUAAAUUGUUUGGAAAAUUAUCAGUCACUGCUUUUAACCUUGUGCUUAUAGUGUCGUGUUGUCUUGCAGUGGUAUGACCUGCGCAGGUAUAUAAUCUAAAAGAUAUGUAUAUCUGAAGGCGUUUUAUGACAAUAUCAUGUGAUUGGUCACUGAAGGGGACAUACAUUUUGAAAGUCAGGUUUUCUUCAUUCGUUGCCGUCCUAACAUUGUUUUGACUGUGUUAUUGAAAUGUUCCAUUAAUAUUUUGUCUCCUACAUACCUGAAUAAAAGUGAUUAACGAAUUAUAUAUUAUUUUAGCCAGGUAGCACAGAAGUCCUCUUAUAAUAAGUCAUAGCAACUAUGAGAAUGUAUUGAAUGGAGAAAACAAGGCUAGUAAAAUGUUGGGUUGAAAGUGUUAAUUUUCUUCCAAGUAGUGGACUAAGCAUAUAGUGCCAUUCUAAAUUAAUGUAGAUUUUGAUAUAUUCAUGUAGGGUUCAUUUCCAACAUCACAUUUGUGUCAACAUUGAUACCCCCUUUCCCUACAAAAGAAACUUUGUUGGCUUGUUGCCUAGUGUAAAAAAUUAAUAAUUUUUGUUUUUAACUUAUUUUCAUAUUUUCCUACUCAAAUUUUUUUAUGAAUGAUAAAUAGAUUUUAUCAUAAUUUUAUUCUUUUUAGCUUUGUUGAAUGUAUACAUUGCCAUUAUAUGUAAUGCAGUUAGAUUUAUCACCAAUUUAUCUGUUAAUACUGAACUGGUUUUUUUUCCACAUCCGGUGUUUUGUUAUUUCUAAGUCAAAGUUAUAUACAUUGUGAUAGAUCGAUAGUAAAUUACAUUCUGUAAUUAUUCAAAUUCAGUGUUAUGAUUUUUAUAAGCCCACAAUUUCAUGUAGACUAUUGUUUGUCGUCCAUGUCUGCCUGGACGCCCAUUCACAUUUGUUUGUGGACAUUUCUACAGGUCAGAAUUUUUAUCCAAUAUGUUUUUAUAUUUUUCCCAAAUGAUUUUCAAUUCUGGCGCGUAUCUGACCGUAACUUAAUGGAUUAUUGCCCCUGUUGGUACAAGAAUUGAGUUUAUAACUUGUGGGCCCUCUAAAAUGAUUUAAUUUUAAAAAAUGUUCACAAUAUAUCUGGGUUACACCAUAAUCACGGAUGAAUUCAAAGUUGCUGCUUUUUUCUGACAACUUUGUGUAGGCAAAAUUUUUCUAAUUCAUGAGAAACAAUGACAGGAUGAACCCUAAUAAUUUUCCUUGUUCUCCGUUCAUCUAUUGCAAAAUGUGGGUGUAUCUUGUAUGGGAACCACUUGUGGUAUAUGAAAUCUUCAUGUCGAUUUGAAAUGAAUUAAAUAAUUAGGUUAUCUGUUAUCAUAUUCUUGAUCGAUGAAUGCAUUUUCAUAAGAUGGACAAAUGUAGUAAUUAUUGAGUAGGUUGAAUUGAAAUAUUUUAUAUGUUAGGAGAACUAUGUGAUGUUUCAAAUGCAGCUUUUAAUAUGUUUAUAUUAGUUUACAAAUUUCCCAAAUAAUAAAUAACCAUAUUUAUCUUUACCCGUACAGUGCUGUGUUUUAACCCCAGGUGACCAGUCAUAUGUUAUUGUUUUGUUGUAUUAUACUAUAUAAAAUAAAAACAUUUGCUAACAGUCCCUGGUUGAAUUGUUAGCAGAUUAGAAGAGAUAAUCAUUAAUACAAAACUGGCUCCAGCACUGUUUUAAUUUAACUGUUUUGUUUGUUGACCUGUUUCACAAAAACUUGAUAACUAAAUUAAAUUAUUAUAUAGUUGGAGUCUACACAUCCUUAAAAGUUAACUGGCCUACUACCAGCAUUUUAAGCACUAAAUCGCUUAUUGAUUUUAAAAAAGGGUUUUAGUGAACUGUUAAGUUUUUGUAAAACAAGUACCUUUGGAGCUAUAUAUAUAUAUAUAUAUAUGAUUAUAUGCGAUUAUAACAUUUGUAUAUAUCAAAUGUCCAUUGUGAUAAGUCUCUUCAAGAAAAAGAACAAACAUGUUAAUGUUAAAAAAAAUACUAUAAAUUUGUUUGCCUUAUAAAAAUGCAAUUAAAAACAAGUUACUUUUGGCAAGAAAUGCCAAAUAGAAUAUAUUACUAAUUCGAAGUUGUAAUGACAUCACAAUUUUGACUAGCCAGAGAUAGUGUAUUGAAUUUUAUUAAUAUUUAAAUACUUGUUGCAAAAAGGAAAAGACUUUAAAAAAAAAAAUAUGAAAUGUUAUUUUAACUGUUAUCUUUUAACUAUUUAGUUUCUUGGUUAUAAUUGUUGAUUUAAUGUAAAUUAAUAAAGUAUUUAUAAAAAGUUGAAAUUUAUUGAAAAUGGAAAUUGAAUAUAUUUCCAAGAAAGUGCUAUUAGCUUUGACAACUAAGUGUAAAAAGUAAUUUAUGUUAAGAAAAAUAAAUAUUGCACCUCCUGUUAUUAAGAUUACCAGGACCUCCA